GUAGGAGCGCGCGAGAAGUUGUCUGUGACAGGCGUAAGGCCAGGGGAGAAAGGGAGGUCUCUCUGGGGAGUUGGAGGGUACCGGCGCCUGGCUUUCAGGGACUUGCCAGCAACUCCUGUUUCUUCCUCCGCGAAGCCGUCUCAGAUCCUAGCCUGGGUUCAUUCAGCCUCUCUUCUGCGCACCCUCAGUGCCUAUUUGUGACGACCGUACUUGGUAUUGGAAUUGCUUUGCUAGUGCCAACUCCUCGAAGGCAGAGGCUUAACAAGUAAUUCUGGCUGUUAAUAGAGUGCUUGCACACAGGCUUUCGGUGUAGAUUCCUAAAUAAUUCCUGCUGGGGUGCCUACCAUGUUUCAGGCACUGGGGAUAUAGCGGAAAUGACAAGAUUCCCGCUUAAAUGGAGCUAAUGUUUUUUGUGGGGGAGAUAGAAACCCCCGCUCCCCGCUACCCCCCAAGUCAAUAAGUGAUGGAGUGUAGAGGAGGCUCUGUUGGAUGUGUGAUGAAGAAAGGUAGCAUUUCAACUGAGAGUGAAUGUUGGAGGUGGAGAUCAGAAACGAAUAUUUAAGGUAGAGGGAAAUGGAAGUGCAGAAUUCUGAGGCUCACAGGAUAUCUGCAUAGUCAAGGGUGUCCACCUUAUGUGAUCAACCUGGACCCAGCUGUGCAUGAAGUUCCCUUUCCUGCCAAUAUUGAUAUUCGUGACACUGUGAAGUAUAAAGAAGUCAUGAAACAGUAUGGACUUGGACCCAAUGGUGGCAUAGUGACCUCACUCAAUCUCUUUGCUACCAGAUUUGAUCAGGUGAUGAAAUUUAUUGAGAAGGCCCAGAACAUGUCUAAGUAUGUCCUGAUUGACACACCUGGACAGAUUGAGGUAUUCACCUGGUCAGCUUCUGGGACAAUCAUCACUGAGGCCCUGGCAUCCUCGUUUCCAACGAUUGUCAUUUAUGUAAUGGACACAUCUCGAAGUAUCAACCCAGUGACCUUCAUGUCCAAUAUGCUCUAUGCCUGCAGCAUCUUGUACAAAACCAAGCUGCCUUUUAUUGUGGUCAUGAAUAAAACUGACAUCAUUGAUCACAGCUUUGCAGUGGAAUGGAUGCAGGAUUUUGAGGCUUUCCAAGAUGCCUUGAAUCAAGAGACUACAUACGUCAGUAACCUGACUCGUUCAAUGAGCCUGGUGUUAGAUGAGUUUUACAGCUCCCUCCGGGUGGUGGGUGUGUCUGCUGUUCUGGGUACAGGCUUAGAUGAACUCUUCGUGCAAGUUGCCAGUGCCACAGAAGAAUAUGAAAGAGAGUAUCGUCCUGAAUAUGAACGUCUCAAGAAAUCGCUGGCCAGUGCACAGAGCCAGCAGCAGAAAGAACAACUGGAACGACUUCGGAAAGAUAUGGGCUCUAUAGCCUUGGACACCGGGACUGCCACAGGCAGCUUACCUCCUGUGCUGGAGCCUUCUGACUUGAUCCUGACUCGGGGAACCUUGGAUGAAGAGGAUGAGGAAGCAGACAGUGAUACUGAAGAUAUUGACCACAGAGUUACAGAGGAAAGCCGUGAAGAGCCAGCAUUCCAGAAUUUUAUGCAAGAAUCAAUGGCACAGUACUGGAAGAGAAACAACAAAUAGUUUCUAAAGUCCAAAAUUUUGGAACUCUGUGUGAAGGGACUAUCCUUAUCUCUGAUUGGGGGCUACUAUAAAGGACACUUUUGCUCAGGAUAGCAGUUUCUCUUAUUAGUGAAAUCUCCUGACUCAGAUGAAGCCAGGGAUAGAAUACAUUUGGACCUGGCAGGUAGACGCUGAUUCCCCUUGGCAUUUUCCUUGGAUUUAUGCAAGGAAGGAUAUUCUGGUUUUGGAUGCUGAUAUCCCUUCAAGCCUAAAACUGCAAGUUUUAUCAUUUGAACGCACAUACUUUUGCUGCUGAUGGACAGAACAGAGAGAGAACUUAGUAGGCUGGAUCUGUAGCCUCUACUUCUCCAGCAUCUUGCCUUUGAACCUGCACCAUGAGUUCCCCUCCUUUUAGCAGAAAGAGAGAGG